CAACCACCACCAUCCCAAUUUUUUCUCAACAUCCACCCAAUAUCCCAAACACAUCCGCCAAAUACGCGACAAUCUACAACCCACGCCUCCCAAUCUCCCCUAAAAAAUCUCACAAAGCCCAGAACCAAGAAAUCAAAAUGCACAACGCGCAUCACACGCGCUUCCACAUAA